GAAAAACUCCCUUAUGCCGACUCGUUUAAAAAAGAAAAAACCCAGAAAAAGACGUCCUCUCGCGCUCUCAUAAGCUAUGAGUCUCUUCGGACUUGGCAGAAACCAAAGGACAUUCCGGCCAAAGAAGAGUGCACCCUCAGGGAGUAAGGGUGCGCAGCUUAGAAAGCAUAUUGAUGCCACCCUAGGUAGUGGAAACCUGAGGGAAGCAGUAAGACUUCCUCCCGGAGAGGACUUAAAUGAGUGGCUCGCUGUCAACACUGUGGAUUUCUUCAAUCAAGUGAAUCUGCUCCAUGGCACCCUAACAGAGUUCUGUACCCCUGAGACUUGUCCAACAAUGACCGCAGGCCCCAAGUAUGAGUAUAGAUGGGCAGAUGGUGUGCAAAUCAAGAAACCUAUAGAGGUUUCUGCUCCAAAGUAUGUUGAAUAUCUAAUGGACUGGAUUGAAUCUCAGCUUGAUGACGAAUCCAUAUUUCCUCAAAGGCUAGGUGCGCCAUUUCCUCCCAACUUCAAGGAGGUUGUGAAGACAAUCUUCAAAAGAUUGUUUCGUGUAUAUGCCCACAUUUACCAUUCUCACUUUCAAAAAAUUGUGAGCCUCAAAGAGGAAGCCCAUCUGAACACAUGCUUUAAACACUUCAUACUUUUUACUUGUGAAUUUGGGCUAAUUGACAAAAAAGAGCUUGCGCCGCUUCAAGAGCUUGUGGAAUCCAUUGUUAUUCCUUACUGAAUGGGGUUGACGUAAGUCGUAACAACUUUAUAGUAGGGAAUGCAUGAUAAAUCAAGAGAGAAACAAAAGUACUUAUAAUCAGUAGUUGAUUCCACCGAAUUCCUAGUUGUUUCAUAAUAUAAGUUCCUGUGAAUUUGCCUUGUUUUGAAUUUCUGAAAUUUGUCUUCACUUUCCAUGGCUUUUCCCCGUGCAUCGUCAAAGAAAGAGUAGCAAUCUUGAAGCAUUGGUACUUGGGAGGUGGUUUAUGAACUUGAUAGUGGCUUAGGGGACCAUUGGAUCUUGACCUUAUUACAGCAGUGUACGCCUUCCAUCAGCGUGUAAUUCGGAGAAAAAAUUCAGUAACUUGGACCAAGUAUAGGUGGUUCAUGCAUGUUGUAAUUUUACUGACUUGGAGCCCUCUUGAACUUUGUUUGGUUUGGUUUGCUAUGAGCUUUGUAUACUUGAUCCAGUUUAUAUAAUCCAAUUAUAAUCCAAUUGUGAAAA